AUGGUGUCCAAGGCAUUUUUGGCAGCUUUGUUGCUAACUCCCCAUGCACUGGGCUUGGUUCUUCGGACUGAGGCUGGCACCCACCUUGCACCCCUUGAUGAACGCGCCGCGGAAUACGCAUCUGAUUUCGCUGAUACCUACCGCCGUGAUCACGGAGAUGGUGACGACAAGAAGCCCGCCCCCCCUGAGGGCAAGGGUCCUGAACGCCGAGGCGACGGCGACGAUGGCCCAAAGGUCCCUGGGGGCAAGGGCAAGGGCAAGGGCAAGGGAAAGGUUAGUGCGGCGAAAAAAUUACUGACCGAAGCCCGGCAGGGCGCCGCUCCGCCGCCACCUCCUCCAUCUGGGCCUGAGCGACGUGAGGAGCCCUCUCCCCCUGGAAAGGGCGCGGGAGGUGCCAAGCCUGAGCCGCCCAAGGCGCCUCCAGCUGCCCCUGGUGGUGAGCCACCCAAAGGGGGAGAACCUCCAAAGGCCCCUGCACCUGGCGGUGAGCCCCCUAAAGGUCCUGCCCCUGGAGGCGAGCCCCCCAAGUCACCUGCUCCGGCUCCCCAACCACCAAAGGCACCCGCUCCCGGAGGCGAGCCCCCCAAGUCUCCGGCUCCAGCUCCUCAGCCGCCAAAGGACCCCAAGCCCACUCCGCCGCAGGUUUAA